GUUCUUCACCCUUCCUUGGCAUCGCGAUUGGUUCGCACCUCCUCGGGCCAAGGACCUCAUGUGGCUGGUCCAGACACCAGAGGAAGAGUACGACCUUUUCGAGCAGGUGUACAAGGUCUUCAGAGGCCAGGUCCCGACGUUUCUGCGGGAGAGCCUGCCGAAGCAGAACCUGAGGCCCUACAUCUACAUCAGUUUCCAGAUCCGGACACAGGAGGUGGAAAGUCGGUACGAAAACAAGCAGGUGGAACAAGGAAUUCCUCUUCAGUUCAAGGUCGAUGUUGUGAAUUUCGUCCUUCCGAAGAUGGCAGAAGCCGUGCAGUCUGU